UCUUCAUUGGAUGACACGGCACCGCCCGAUUUCGUUGUUUUAGUUGCAGUUCUCCGUUCAACGCUACAAGUCGCCUUCUACAAAAAGGAUAAUUGAAUUAAGUAUCAGCUCUGCGGGUCUUGAGUUGACGGCGUGCCGGUAGUACGGUUAUUUCACAAGUUAAAAAUUUUCGAAAUAUCGCUUGAAAUUGUGUACAUAUGUAAAUAGUAAAUAAAAUAUACGUACAUCUAUGAAAAUUUUCAAAUUAUUUAUACUCUUUUGUGCACAAAAAAUAAUUGUUAGUGAAUAACAUUAAAACAGCUACAUGAAAGCAUAUCGUCGUUGUUGUUAUUCAUACUAAAGGAUACAAGGCAUACAAAUUAAGGAUACGCGUCGAUCAUGAUUACUAUGAAAUUCGUUCAAAGGCGGCAUAAAUCGACGUAAAAUGAAGCGUAGAAAAACUAGAAAUAAAACCACCAAACAAAUCACAUUACCUAGAGGAGGAAACAUGUCAUGGGAUUGCUAUAUAAAAGUUUCAAACUCUUGAAUAUAAUUCUGGAUUCCCUGGAAGAUCAAGAGGGUGGAGCUAUGUACAUAUCGUGCGAUGUCUCAAAUGGCGGUCCAGUGGAACCAGAAACGGGAUAUGUGCCCAACAAUCCAUUAUUCGGUCUGGCGUUGGAUAGUCCACAGCAAGAGUGUGCUGCAUCUUCCUGUGUUGGCUGUUUGUCCUGUCAAGGCAAUACCGUUUUGCCCAUCUCAUCGCUGACGUCCAACGACUUCGAUUGUGGUUCCUGUUUCGAUUCGACGUCGAGUGUUAUAGCCGGUGUCGGUAUUGUUGAAUCCACACAAAAUCACUUGCAACAACAACAGCAAGUAAGUCUCACUGGUAACAGCAGUACAAAUACCACCGCCAAUCACAACAACAACAGCAACAACGCGGUCAGCUACUGGAGUACGGAUGAGAUGGCUUCAUCGUUCCCCGGAUUACCGCCAUUAGACAUCGAUCCCUUGCCUAGCCUCUUCCCCUUCUCACCGUGCGGUGCCUCAUAUAAUUUCUCCACUAACCCGCAUCAAGCAUCGCUCUCCUACACCGUCCAUCCGCAUCAGAUGCUCGUCUCACCCGGCGGUCAAGUCUCACAUCACAGCCAAAGUCAAACGCAAAGCACACCACAUGGCAAUUCACUUAGUUCCAGCGGCACACCAACAUCUUGUUAUUAUGAUCCCAGCAGUAGUGGCAUGUUAGGUGGAUCUGCGUCCGUCGGCAAUACGUGUAGUCAACACAUUAAUACGAGUGUUGCGCCGCCGCCGCCGCCACCAAUGUACCCCAGCAUGAGUGUGAACGUCAGCAUGAAUAUGACAAUGCAUGGUUACGGCGCGGAAGGUACGGUGCCUAUGCAAUGCUCGCAGAUGCAAUGGACGCCACCAAAUACCAAUUCCUCCGUCAAUGUUCUCUACCCGCCACUACUUAGCCCAACACAUUAUCCACCUGCGGCCACAUAUUCCUUCACCGCCGAUUUUCGCACACCAACGCUACAGCAAUCCAGUCAGAGUCCAGGAGCUGGUGUUUUGCCUGCACUCACCGAUGCCGUCAUUGUCGAGGAGGACUCACCGUCACCGACAAGCGAUACAUCGCGUCAUCUAUUCGCCGCUGGCACAGAUCUUGCGCCUGACUUUGCAUCACCAACGAAGAGUCCUUACGAUGACGAUGAGGAUAGCAAUGAGGAGGGCUCCGACUCAAAGCCCAAUCUGUGUAGGCUUUGUGGCAAAACUUACGCACGCCCAAGCACGCUCAAAACACAUCUGCGAACUCACUCCGGUGAGCGACCCUACAGAUGCCCGGAUUGCAACAAGAGCUUUUCGCAGGCCGCCAAUCUGACGGCACAUGUACGCACACAUACCGGACAAAAGCCAUUCCGCUGUCCAAUUUGUGAUAGACGUUUCUCACAAAGUUCCAGCGUCACCACGCACAUGCGCACCCAUUCGGGCGAAAGACCAUAUCGUUGUUCUUCGUGCAAGAAAUCCUUUUCGGACAGUUCCACACUAACAAAACAUUUGCGUAUACAUAGCGGCGAGAAGCCAUAUCAAUGUAAAUUGUGUUUGCUCAGAUUCUCACAAUCGGGCAAUUUGAAUCGCCAUAUGCGUGUGCAUGGAACAAACCAAAAUAACGGCAGUAACAACGGCAAUGGUGGUAGCAAUUUGUUGACAUGACAAAAGGCGCGAAGUGGCGCCGCAUUUCAACAUUACUAUCCUCCAUACACCCACGGUGCUCACAACCUUUCACAUGGCCCACACGCCCAUGCCCAUGCCCACGCCCACGCCCACAAUCAUCCGCACAUGCAUAUACCGAGCAGUAAUUAUGAUUAUAGCAGCUAUGGCAUCAACGAUUACACUUCACCCGGAUCACAAAACUAUUCAGGGUAUUAUUUUUGUGCACUUAAUAAGCCCAAAAUGGAGCGAUUCUAUUAGCAAGAACACUAACAACAUAAAGAGAGAAAGUGAUUAAAAGCCGAGCAAUCGCUGAGGCAAACUUCGGUAAAUUAUAGUAAAAGGCUUAUAUAGGUGUACAUAACAUACAUAUGUACAUGUAUUAUGAGAAAUUAAUUAAAAAUAACAAAACCAAAAAAAUACAACAACAAAGCAAAAAUUAAGCGACAAAAGUUUGGUUGAAAUGCUCAAAUUUAACAUUAAAAGUUGUAAGUUUAACAAAAAUUUACCGUUAUAUCAUUGAUAAGCAGCCAAAAUGUAAAUAAAAAAAAAAAACAAUAACAAAACAAAUGGAUAACGAAUUUUAACUAAAAUAAAUUUAUGAAAGUUUGUAAGUUUUAACAGUUAAAUACGCAGAUGUAGAUAUUCAUUAAUUAGAGGAAAAGCUUAAAAGGAAAAAUACAAAAACACGCAUAAACAAAUUAAGUUUAGUUUUCAAGUUUUUAUGAUCCCUUAUGCGUUCAAAAGACAAAAAAAAAUAAUAAUAAUUAGUAUAAACAAUUUAAAGUUUGCUUUGAAAUAUGUUUUAUAAACAGUCGGUCACGUAAGUAGGUGUACUAAAUUAAUUUAAAUUAAAAGCAGUAAAUUUGCAAAAUAAUUUGAGAAUUUUCUCUGUUUAAAAUAUUAAUUUUUUGUAUAUCUUUUAAAGCAAACUCAAAUAUUUUUUCAUUUUUGUAUACUUACUUUAUUGACUGACUGUUGUUUCUAAAUUAAAUCUAAAUACAUUUCAGUUCGUUCCACAUAAUUGCCUUGACUUUCUUAAGUUAUUAUUAAGCAAAUCCACGUGUAUUUGCUUUCUUCAAUUAAGGCUGGUGCUGUAGUAGAAUUUAAAACACCCCCAGACACCGUUAAUAGUUUUUAAAAUUAUUCAUACAUUUAUGUGUUUUGUAUUUGUAUAAUGUUUAUUUUGCCCCUUCGUCUUCGCGCUGCGCAUAUCGUCAGUAAUCCCGCCUUGUACUCUAGUCAAUGGGACGUUCUACUUAUUUUUAGUUUUUGUUCUUUAGUUCGAUAAUUUUCUCAUUUACAUAAGCGCGAUCUGAUGUUGAAAAUUUUAUACUUACAAAUACAUACUUAAUGUAAUUAUGUACUUACUUAUAUACUUAUUAUUAUAUAAAAUUUGUAUAAAAUAAUUAGACAAAUAAAGCCAUACCAUAAAGAAA